GGGAUUCCCGCAUGACACAACGUUGACCUUAACCCGGGAAAUCCCCGGAACGGCAUUACAACUCAGUACCCAGGCUAGGGACACAAACACGGCCGUUUAGAGAAAGCGCAGAUCCAACGCUUUUUAAUAGAUAUAUAGAUAGCAGCGACUCUCUACAUGUAUUUUGUCGCUGUCUUAGUAUCAUUUGUUCUGGCAGUGUGUGGGGUUUUACUAUCAUCGAUCUAAAUCACGCUUUGUUUGGGAAACUUGCCAGCCAUUCGGAAGUGCUAGUACCAUGGAGGACCUGCCCGUGGACAGCGCUACGCGUGAGCUGGUCUGGGGGAAGAUGGAAGAGAUCGAGUUACACCUGCAGAAACUCAGGAACGCCCUUCUAGACGGAACCUUGGGCCGAACUCACGGAACAGCUGAAAUCCUGCACGAAAUACAAGGACUGAUGGGAAGGAAUCUUCCGUUGGCGUCCCGUAUCCUCGACACGUUAGCGAAGGAUGAAGCCAUGGAAACGACACAGAAACUGGUAUAUCUCCAUCUGAAGCUCGAGAUCGCCAUGGCAACAGGUCCACUGGAGGAUGGACUGGAAGCUGCCAAUCAAGCAUAUCUCCUAGGAACAACUCAGCCCAACAUUCCACCAAGGGCGCUGUUCAGGGCCUGCCUGGAUGCUGGCGAUGCUCAUCGAGUUUGUGGACUCCUGGACGAGGCCCGGCAUUUCUACAGCCAGGCACGGGAAGUGGCGACCCACGCAGACUUCACACUGGAUGUAGCAACCCACACGGACCUCACACGGGAUGUAGCGACCCACACGGACCUCACAUGGGAUGUAGCGACCCACACAAACCCUGCCAUGGACCCUGCGGAUGCGGCAGUCCUGGCUGAUAUCCACCUGGGUAUCCUGCUACUGGCCAGCGGGCACCUGAACAUGGCUAUACAGGACACCUUCCUCCCCCUGCUGCAGAGGGACUUGGGGCAGUACAGCAGGGGGUUGCUCCUGCAACACCUGGGGAAUGCUUACAGGUCCGCUGCGGACUGGGGCCCUGCGAAGGACCACCUGAGGGAGGCUGUUUCCAUAGCAACAGCCCUGGGAGACGAGAUCCAGGCAGCUGGUCGCUAUGGAGACCUGGGGAACGUGUACCGGUCGGAGGGCCGCACCGCAGAGGCACUACAGGAGCAGGAGAAACAGUACAGCUUCGCUUUACGGAGAGGUGACCUGAGUGGUCUGUGCACAGCCUGCUUCAACAAAGGGUUCACCUUCUACUCCAUGAAGCCUGUUCCAGACUACCAGCAGGCUCUGGUAUACCUUACACUGCAGCUGCUGCUGGCCAGGCGGCUGGGUGACCCAGGCAUGCAGGGCAAGGCACUCAACUGUCUGGGGAAAGUCUACACAGGGAUGCAGCAGCCAGAUCAGGCUGUCGUCCUGCUGAAACAAACCAUCGAGCUGAUCCACAGCACAGGCAAUGUUGCAGGGGAGGGCAUGGCACAUGGAAACCUGGGCACAGCAUACAGGGAUCUGGGCCGGUAUGAAGAAGCCAUUGAGAACCACCAGAUGUACCUGAGUAAUGCCGACAGCAGGGACGAUGUGGGUGGGGUGGCCAUCAUGCAGAGGGAGCUCGCUCUGGACUAUCUAUUCAACAAGGACUAUGAGAUGGCAGAAAGAUCCAUUCGGGAUGCUGUUGUUACCCUGGAGAGGAUCAGAGGAAAGCUCGGUCCGGAGGAUUCCUCACGAAUCGCACACAAUGAGAAGGACCAAGUCGACGCCUACAACAUCCUCCUGCACAUCCUGGUCCUCCAGGGGAAAUCCCAGGAUGCACUGGUCAUGGCAGAGAAGGGCAGGGGUCGUGCCCUUGCAGAUCUCAUGAGCGCCAAGGUCGAACAAACGGAACAGGAGCCUGUCACAGUUAUCAAGGGCAUCGCAGACAUCAGAACCCUGGCAGCAGAACUGCACACCACCAUCGUGUUCUACUCUGUGGUGACCGAACAGCGUCCGUACAGCGUGGGUGAGAGGUGGGUGUACUCCUGGGUGGUGAACCCAGGAGAGCAGGAGGUGCACUUCACCAGGACUCCACUAGAGGGAGACACGGUCCAGGUGGACAGGACAGAGCUGGACCAGGGGUACUACGACACCCUGCUCCGGUCCAUGGGGGACUUGUCGGUAGGGGAUGCAGAAGGAAUCCAAGGUGAUGACAGUGAGGACACGUCAGACGACUCUGAGGAUGAUGAUCUGGAACGUGUGCUUGCCCUGAAAGUGAGGUCCACACAGCAGACUCGGGAACACCGGUGGGAGACACAGCUGCGUGCAGACUACGACAUCCUCAUCAAACCUGUCGACCAGUUUCUCCCAACUCAGGCUGGACAGGAAGCAGCACCCAAGAUUACCUUCAUUCCUCAUGGUUUCCUGUUCAGUGUCCCAUUCUGUGCCCUGAUGGAUGCAGAUGGAGCGCACCUGGUGGAGAAAUACGCCGUCUCCCUCGCCCCGUCCAUGCAGGUGCUGCAGCUGUCCCACCAGCAGCUGCAGAACCACCGGAGCUCCCAGCUGAACACCAGCAGUCGAACCGCAGAGCUCUAUGCGCAUCCGUUCUGCGCAGCCUUCUCUGGACAGGUCAUAAGCCAGAACGCAGUUUGUCCUGCCUGCAGAUGCCAUCAGAGCCAGUGA